AGCUCUGAGUUCUAGUUAUCCUGGCUCAGGAUAAAAAUAAUCCCACCACUGGUAUCCUCCCUUUUUCUACUUCCGAGGCUGCAAAGUGCAACAGCAGACUCUUCUGACUCAGGAAGGCUGGUGCUCCUACCCGCUUCCUGUUCCUCCAUCUCCAGCGGACACUGCUCUUUCAAGGGCAGGUCUCCAGCCCAGCUCUCUGAAAACAUUUUGCUGAAAAUAUAAGCAAACAUCGGCCUUGUCCUCCUUGUGUUCAUACACCGUGGAAGCUUUUCUCUGCCUCCUCCGUGAGAGUGCGUGGCCGGGAGACAAGAAACGUGGUCCUUUCCCUUGCCUGUGAGCUGGUGCAGAGAGCAACAUGACAAGGAUGGUACUAUCUGUUCCAUCUUCUGUGUUGGAGACAAUGCACACCGUGGCCAAUAUGGGAGAUGCCAUUCUGGGCAGGGUCUAGGAGGAGGCAGGGAGGUGCCUUGCCUGCAGACCCAUUCCCCGAACCCUGCGAAGGCACAGUGCAGGUUCCUGCAUGCCACAGCCUAGUUCCACCCGGCUGUUGUUUCCUGUUAAGCUGCCUGCCCGUUCUCUCUAAAGGAGGAAUGAGAUCACAUUGGUAAAGUGCUGUCUCGGUUUCCACAAGGAAUGUAAGGAAGCCAGGGACAAAGAGAUUGGGAGACCACCAGUUAGGAAGAACUAACUCCCUUUGGUAGGUGAAAUAUUGGACUCCUUCCAGAAUCUGGCUGUUCAGGUCUGAGUAAGGCUGUCCACCUGGCCUGCUUCUUUCUUCCUAGAAAGUCAACAGACCUUCCUGGACUCCCUCCAUGCCCAGCCCAGCACUGCAAAAUUGAUCUUUACCAAUCAUAAAGCAAUAUCCACAUAUACACUCCUGGGAUCUGGGGAGGACUGGAGUGUUUGCCAGGUGAACAGAGUAGAACAAACAUCUAACAAUGUGGCAAGGAGAAAAACAUGUCUAUCAGGUUCCCCUGGACUUAGGUUUCCUCACACCCCAGACCCUUCAUCUGGAUCUGUUUCAUCUGGUUGUGAAUGUCCUACAUGAUCUGGAAAAACAGUCGUGGACCAUGCAACUUCCUCCUCAGUCCCACAGAGAAAAUCCAGCAGAGAGAAACUUAUGGGAUCUUGACAUAGAGAACUGUGUUAGUCCAUGAAGCCAGGACACAUUGCUGUCAUGGGAAGGGGGACAGGAGUUCCUGGUUGGGAAUGAUGUGGCCCUAAUUUGCAAAAAGGACUAAGAAUUGCUCUAAAAAAUGUUAUGAAAUAUGUUGAGACCUUAAUAGGGGAAGAGACAUUCACAGGCAUCUAGUUCAGGCCCAACAUUCAUACUGAUGGGAUGCUGAGGCCCAGACAGAGCUAAGUGGUGGCUGCAUCUUCCCUGAGGUCUCUGGCUUCCUUCCCAGCUCAGCCCCUGCAAUCCCAGUCCUCUGCAACCCUCACUGCACAGUCUUCUCCAAAGUCUGGCCCCAAGGCCCACCAAGGGGCCCCUCCCAACAACAUCCUACUCAUUCACGUCCUCCAGGCACACUAGGCCUUCCUGCUGCUCCCGGGGCACACAGGAUCAGAAUCACACCUGCUUCUGUGCUUCCCUUCUUCCACCUCCUCCUUCUUUCCUUCCUCCACCUUCUCCCCACUGCCUCCCCCUCCACCUCCCCCCACCUCCCAGAACAGUUCCAGACCCUUUGUCUAUCCAAAUUUCAUCCAUUCCUCAGCUCCCAGACCAGUUGCACCUUUAUCUGUAAAAUCUCUUAAACUUAUGAUGGAGACCACAGUGGAGGGGGCGGGGGAUAGCAUCCCUAAAGAAAUAGGGUCCCUAAAGCCAGCAGAGAGUGUCCUAGACCCCUUCUUCCAUUGCCUCACUCAGUCCCACCCCAACCCUAAACUAAUGCAAAAAACUUUCCUCUGGCAAGAGAAAGGCGAAAGGCAGGUGGCUGUUGAAACUCAUUUGGAAAGUCAGUAGAACAUAUGAUUUUUUUUUUUUUUUUUUGUAGAUGGAGGAAGAAGAAUACGAACAAAUUCCCCAGGAGAAUCCCUCAGAAAAGCUGUCCCAGGAUCCUGUGCUGGAGCUGUCAGGAGGUCUAAUGGAGAAAGAACAGAAGACCCCAAGGAGACUGAGGCUCAUUCUCAUGGGGAAAACAGGAAGUGGGAAGAGUGCAACAGGAAACAGCAUCCUCGGCAGGGACGUCUUCGAGUCUAAACUCAGCACCAGACCCGUGACCAAGACCUCCCAGACAGGGAGCCGAGAGUGGGCUGGGAAGGAGCUUGAGGUGAUUGACACACCCAAUAUUCUGUCCCCCCAGGUCUCACCAGAGGUGGCAGCUGCUAUCCGCCAAGCCAUCGUCUUAUCCGCCCCAGGGCCCCACGCCGUGCUCCUGGUGACACAACUGGGCCGGUUCACAGAUGAGGAUCAGCAGGUUGUCAGGCGCCUGCAGGAGGUCUUUGGAGUGGGGGUUCUGGGUCACACCAUCCUAGUGUUCACCCGGAAGGAAGACCUGGCCAGCGGCUCCCUGGAAGACUAUGUGCGAGAGACCGACAACCAGGCCCUUGCCUGGCUGGAUGUGACCCUUGCACGGCGCCAUUGCAGCUUCAACAACAGGGCACAGGGGGAGGAGCAGGAGGCCCAACUGCAAGAGCUCAUGGAGAAAGUCGAAGCCAUUCUGUGGGAAAAUGAAGGAGAUUAUUACAGCAACAAGGCUUACCAAUACAUCCAGCAAAACUUUCGGCCGAAAGAACUACAGGAAAGGCAAGUAACCCAGGGCCAAGGCUCUGAGGAUGUGCCUGGUGAGGAGUCAUGGCUGGAAGGACUGUACCGGAUCCAGAAGGAAUCUGAGGAAGCCCACAGAUGCCUGCUGGGGAGAGCUAACCUUUGAGCCUGUGCUGGACUUGAGCCAAGGACACCAUCAGCCCUUGCACCCCUGUGUCCAGCCCUCUGUUUCUCUUUCCAUCCCAUGGAGUGCUUCCCAGUCUCCAGGUCAUGACGUCUGGUGUAGGAAGAGGGGCAUGGGGCUUGAGGACAGGGUCCAGCAUGCCCAGAUCACAUUCCAGUUCCUUCAUUCCUUCUUCCAGAACAUCUAGGUCCUCCCUCCUCUGUGCCCCAACAGCAUGCUGUCUUCCUAUUGGACCUUCUUUCUCAUUGGCAUUGCCUUUCAUGGGUUACUUGUCUAUACUCUGAUAGAACCAAAGUUUCUUGAGGGCAGGCCUGUAUCUUUUACUUCUGUGUAACUUCCACAGCUUUUAACUGCAUUGGAGUCAUGCAGUCACGUUUGGUGCGGCAACUCCUUGCGAGCUGUUGACCAGAUGACUUCUCAUCUCUCCCCACACCAUGAUGGUUUAAGGUGCCUGUUGUGUCUGGUGGCUGGAACAUGGCAGUGUGCUGAGACAUGGGGAGGGUUGGAGACUGGGCUGGGAGGAGAGCAAGCAGGAACAGGGAUGGAGGCAGGAGGAGCAGCCCUUUUAUUCACUUUUGAACUAUAACAAACAAGCCCCAUUGGAACUUCGUAGUGGGAAUGAUGGGAGAAGUUUGGGGCAGGGUAUCCAAGAAGUCAGACUGUGGUCAAGAAGGUGGUCCCUUGCCCUGGCUACAGAACAUGGAAGCCCCUAGAGAUGCAAGUGGACUUGGGCAGAGGAGGUCGAGGUCACACCACCCCACUAAGCUAGACUUAGAUUAGAGAUGACUUGCAUCUGUUACUUCCCCUUUUUCCCUGGGUUUCAUGGCCCCUCAUGAUAUUUGCCUUCUGCUCCUAGAAGGCACAGACUACUUUCAACCUGCCUCACCCUUCACUGCCACCCCUUCCUUCUCCCUUGAUAAUGGGAGCAUGUGGAUGGGGUGAGUGUCUGCGUGUGCAAACGGGUUCCCUAGCAAAGUAUUUGUGGGGGUCCAAUGCAAGGAGUCAGGGAAGAAAGGGGGCCUGCAAAGGAAGCAGUAGAGUGACUUAAACAUCUUGCGAGGCAGCCUGCCUGGUUUAUGGGAGAACUCUGAAGCUCAUUAUGUUUUCCUGGAAGGCUGUUCCUACAGAUGGGGUUUAUAAGAACUGAUACUGGACAGGAUGAGAGGGGAGUAGGAUGUCAUCCUGGCUCAGGCCUCAGAUAGGAAGCUGCCUGCCUGCAAGAGGAGACUGAUGUGCCUCAGGUGCAUCCCAGCUUCUUUGAGGUCCAAGAUGCUCCUGGGGAGUUGACCAACAUUUGGGAAGAUAAUAGGAGGCAUUGGGGAAACUGCUCCCCAAUAUAUUUCUCUUUUCCUUUCUUCAAGCUGCGUGGCAGGGGGUCUUUAGCUAGUUUCUCCCAAGAGGGGCGGGAAGUACAGCUGGUGGAGACAGUGCUGGGAGAUGAUCAGAAAUCUCAGGGCACAGCCUCAGGUCUACCUGGACACUCAUCCGCUGUUGGAGAUGCUCAACAGCCAGACACAGAUGCUCACAGCCGACCUGUGGCCUCUUGCUCUGAAGCCAUCCCCCAUCUUCCCUAGACACAGCAGACAUCUGAGAAAGCUUCAGCAUUUCCCUUGCUAACAGAUUCAGAAAAGUGUCUCAAAGCAGAGCACAGAGUUAUUUGGUGUUUGCUGAGGACAGCCUUUGUGCCACAAUCACUUAUUAAAUAAGCAAUCAAUUUCCCAUUGAACUGAAUAUGCAACAUUUAUCAUACAUUCAAUUCUCAUUCACACUCCUUAAGAUUUGGUCAGAAUUUUUAUUUCUGUUCAUGUCUUCUGCUUUUCUACUCCUGUAUGAAUAAAAUAUUGAUUUGGUUACAGUGGUUUUGACUAUAAUGUGGGAGCCCAUUUUUGCCUCAGUCUUCAUUUUUAUAUUUACCUUGUUAUUCUCAGGCAUUUUUUUCUUCUAUGUGAAAGUUAAAACCAUUGUGUAAUUUCCCCCAAAAAUCAUAUUGGUAUUCUAGUUGGCAAUGUCUUAUAUUUAUGUUAAGUUUGAGGGAAUUGGUAGUUCAAGUAUAAGUUAAUCAAGGCCAUUUUGUUUCUAAGUGAACAGACUUGAAACUCCAGAGCUACUGAAGUAAAAGUAGAAUCAUUUGCAUUUUCAUUCAGAUAGGAGAUAAUUUUGUAAAUUUUGAUGCUAUUAUUUUAACUCUAUUAGCUUAAGUAAUGUCAUAAUAGAAAACACAAGCAUUUGACCAAAUGAGAUCCAUUCAGCGACUAACUGGCAAGGCACUCAGAACAUGUCAUUCAUUAAAUGUUGUUUCUAAUUACCUCGAA